GUGCGGAGCGGGACUUGGGACGCCGCCGCCUACGGAGCCUGUCUUGCGCCUGGUGCUGCCGCGACAAUGCGGCCGGGGCCGGGAGGCUGCUGCUGCCGCCGCCCGCUGCGGCCGAACGGCUGCGUGGCGAACGGGGAAGUGCGGAACGGGUACGUGAGGAGCAGCGCUGUCGCCGCCGCUGCCGCUGCCGCCGCCGGCCAGAUACAUCAUGUUACACAAAAUGGAGGAUUAUAUAAAAGACCAUUUAAUGAAGCUUUUGAGGAGACACCAAUGCUGGUUGCUGUGCUUACUUAUGUGGGGUAUGGUGUACUUACGCUCUUUGGCUAUCUUCGAGACUUCUUGAGGCAUUGGAGAAUUGAGAAGUGUCAUCAUGCAACAGAAAGAGAAGAACAAAAGGACUUUGUGUCAUUGUAUCAGGAUUUCGAAAACUUCUAUACAAGGAACCUCUAUAUGAGGAUUAGAGACAACUGGAAUCGACCCAUCUGUAGUGUGCCUGGAGCCAGGGUGGACAUCAUGGAGAGGCAGUCUCAUGAUUACAACUGGUCAUUCAAGUACACAGGGAACAUAAUCAAAGGUGUUAUAAACAUGGGUUCCUACAACUAUCUUGGAUUUGCACGAAAUACGGGAUCGUGUCAAGAAGCAGCUGCUAAAGUUUUAGAGGAGUAUGGUGUUGGCGUGUGCAGCACUCGGCAGGAGAUUGGAAACCUGGACAAACAUGAAGAACUAGAGAAGCUUGUGGCACGGUUCUUGGGGGUGGAAGCUGCUAUGGCAUACGGCAUGGGAUUUGCAACAAAUUCAAUGAACAUUCCUGCUCUUGUUGGCAAAGGUUGCCUGAUUCUGAGUGAUGAACUGAAUCAUGCAUCACUGGUGCUAGGAGCCAGACUCUCUGGAGCAACCAUUCGGGUCUUCAAGCACAACAAUAUGCAGAGUUUAGAGAAGUUAUUGAAAGAUGCCAUUGUUUAUGGUCAACCUCGGACACGGAGGCCCUGGAAGAAAAUUUUAAUCCUUGUGGAGGGAAUAUAUAGCAUGGAGGGGUCAAUUGUUCGUCUUCCUGAAGUGAUUGCCCUAAAGAAGAAAUACAAGGCCUACUUGUACCUAGAUGAAGCGCACAGCAUUGGGGCUUUGGGCCCUACUGGUCGAGGUGUUGUGGAGUACUUUGGCCUGGAUCCCGAGGAUGUGGACGUUAUGAUGGGAACAUUCACCAAGAGCUUUGGUGCUUCUGGAGGAUACAUUGGAGGCAAGAAGGAACUGAUAGACUAUCUGCGGACACAUUCUCACAGCGCGGUGUAUGCUACGUCACUGUCACCACCUGUUGUGGAGCAGAUUGUCACGUCUAUGAAGUGCAUCAUGGGGCAGGAUGGCACCACCCUGGGCAAAGAGUGUGUGCAACAGUUAGCAGAAAACACCAGGUAUUUCAGGAGACGUCUGAAAGAGAUGGGCUUCAUCAUUUAUGGAAAUGAAGAUUCUCCAGUGGUGCCUUUGAUGCUCUACAUGCCAGCCAAAAUUGGCGCCUUUGGGCGGGAGAUGUUGAAGCGGAAUGUUGGUGUGGUUGUGGUAGGAUUUCCUGCUACUCCGAUUAUCGAGUCCAGAGCCAGGUUUUGUCUGUCUGCAGCACACACCAAAGAAAUACUCGAUACUGCUUUAAAAGAGAUAGAUGAAGUUGGGGACCUGUUGCAGCUGAAGUAUUCCCGGCAUCGGUUGGUGCCUCUCCUGGACAGACCCUUUGACGAGACUACAUAUGAAGAAACAGAAGACUGAGCCUUUUUGGUGCUCCCUUAGAGGAACUCUCCCCCACCUAGGACAGUGUGUGGCCUUUCUGAGCUGUUCCGGGGACCACACUUCGUGGCCGUCUCACAUGAAAGACAUUUCCUCAGCUGCUGAUGGUGGCCACCUCCUCUCUAAAUGGCAUUUUGUAAAUAGUGAAAAAAUUACUUCAUGUCCUUCCUUUGCUACAUUUCACCUUUACCAAAAAGAGGUAGACUCACUUUGCUUUUUUGUCCAUUAAAAAAAAAUGUUUUCUUUUAUAACUAUUCUACUUGUGCAGUCACACUGACGCUAUCCUGUCUCUGGCUAACCACACAGGCCUUGGUCCUCCCAGCCCAUCACUGCAGCCUUGAGGCUCACCUGGCCUCCUCCCUCUGGAGCAAGUGCCUUCCACUUACUUCCAGGCCAGGUCUCAGAGGUCGCCAACUUUGGAAUCCUAGUGGUCAACCAGUCGCUGUCCUCCCUUUGUCUUUGGUGUAGACUUUUAAGAACAACAGUUAAGACUAAUGUGCUCUAACGCCCCCCUGGCUGGAGCCUCCAGGGCUUGGUCUUGUUCUACCUGCCUUCUCCCUUCACAUCAAAUAUUUUCUGUAAUGGUGGCCAUUUGAGAGUACAUCCAGUUUCUGGGUUCUUCCCACACUGUAACCUAACACUCAUUGUUUUUAAAGCACGCACAUCCCACCCUGCUCACCCUGUGGUGAAGCUUCCUCUCCCACCUCACUGUGUCCAGAAUUGCUUAGGAGAGUGAUGGGCACACCUGCCAGAAGAUUACCACAGAGGUUUCUUCACGGCUUUCUACUCUUUAAAAUAGACAGCUUCUGCCUGGGUCUGGGUCUAGAUUAGAAUGUAAAUUGAUAAAGGAAAAAAAAGAUAAAUCCUCUGCUCAGAAAUAAUUUCUCAUGUUCCUAUUUAAGGUUAGAAGUGAUUUUUUUUAAACGGACCCAUUUAAAUAUUACUCUUUGACUGUUAACAACAUUCUCUUUUAUUCUUAAUAUUCUAAUAAGACUAUGCUUUUUCUAUGCUUGUAUCUGGGACAUAGGGUCUCUUUGUUUUCCAUUACUAUUUUUCUUCCUCUCUGUAAUAUCUAAACACAUCUUUUUGCUAAACUGGGAUUAUCUGUUUGACAGUUUUCAUGCCGAGAAAGGGAACCUCUUUCAGAGAGAUUUGCUCUGCUUGACCAAAGAGCCAAUCUGAAAUUUACCAUGUUAAAUGUUCUUACUUCUUUUCUGCUGACCAAAGCUUCAGUUAAUAGAGCUUUUAACUCUCUUAUACCCAAGAUCAGUUUGUCUUUUAGCAACCUUUAAGUAUUAUGGGGCACGGAUUGGAAACUGAAAGCAGUUUUGGAAAGUAGUCUGUUUUUGAGACCACGCCUCUUGGUAAAGAUUCUCAGUGCAAAUUCUUCUGGGUAUCUGUUAUGAGCUGUGGUAUGUUGCACAGAUGUGUGGAUUGGAGGAUGUAAGUGUUGCUGCUGUUGGGAAGUUUUCUUUUCAUGUCUUGAGUAUAAGGUAUCUUUGGUCACUCUCAGCAUCUGAGAGCUUUAAACCCUUGAAAUAUUCCAAGGUUUCGUUUUACUUUUUUAAACAAUAGAAAGAUGACCAGAAGAACCAAGUAGAGAUGUAGGGACUAUGUUUAGCAGGUACAGAAAUAAAGAAGAGAUUGUGAUAACUAAGUACAAUAAAAUACAUUGCUAACCUUCCCGCAUUUCUAGUUCCUCAUCAUAGAAUUCCAUUUGCUUUUGCACUACAGUUGCUAUUUUAAUAUUUUGUGGUUUCUAAAAGUCACAGACUUAAAGCAGUGAACUUAUCCAUUAGUCUUUCUAGUUGGCUUGCAUGAAAUCACUGCAAUACAAAAUGUCGGUAUGGGCAUCCAAAAAAGAAAAAAACAUAUAAAUGCCUUUGCUAGUGCAAAGUUAUUUCAGCAUAAGUGUAGUUAAGUUACAAGUUUAUUUUGAAAAGAUAAACUCAGGUGGUCUCCUUGACUUUAUCUAAAGAAUAAAACAUGAUCCACACUGACUGUUUCUUCUUGAAAAUGUAAUAUAAAUCUAGGGUCCAGUCAUAUCACAAGAAUCAUUAUUUAACCAAGCACUUGGGGGAAUAUAAGUAUAUAUAAAUACAGUCAUUGGGAUAUGUAGAAAUCUGUGCCAUGCAAGUAUUAUUUAGUACAUGGUUUGCUGCAGCCUGACUCAGGAAUCUGAGAGGAUCACACAGGUGUCAGCUGACCGCCAAGACCAAAGUAGAGCCCAGCACUGGCCAGCUGAGCCGUGACUAGUCCUUCCCCCUUCCUCAUCCCUCUUUUAGCUGAACGUUGUCUUUGUCUACUUAAGUUUGUAAGACCUCUUUCUGCAGAUCACCUCAGAAACCAGGAAGUUUGUGACUAGGGGACACAAAAAUUAUACAGAAAGAAUGGAUCAAGUGGAGUAGUGCUUCUCAUCCUACCUUUAUUUUAAAAGCUCUAACCUAGAAUGUGGUGUGUUUAUUCUAAAGCAAGUAAAUACUGAGAGAGAAUUUCAAGGGUCAGGUCUGUGGAGCACUUAUUUAACUUGCUGCUUUGCUUUGGAAAAUGCCUUCCCUUUAACAGCCUAGCCUCCAGAACCCCAAAGAACUACAUGCUCAUUUGAGAAAACCAGUACCUUGAUCUUUUCAUCACCAUCUCAGACUUGCAUGAGUGAGUGUGGGUUUCCGACGAUUGGAACAAGCCACAGGCCCGUGUAGUCACGCUGAGCAGGCUGGCAUGUUCAUCUGACAUUCUCUCAGCGGUGGGGAUUAACGAUCCCUUCAAGAUUUGUCUCCCUCCAGUAUUUGGCCUUUCUGUACCUCCCACUUGUCAGUUCCUGGAAUUCCACUUCCAGCGAUUCUCAGUGCUCUAUAUGGUGCUGAGCUUGGAGGGUAGCAGGCGAUGCCCUGUCUGUUCCUUCUUGGCCCCACAUGGCAGGAGCUGGUGCUGUGGGCGGGCUUCUCUCUUCCCUACUUGGGGAACCUCUGUCUAAGUUUUUUUGGACCAGUGCAGUCUAGGAUUUGGCAGAAUACCAGAUUAUAAUUACUCUUCAGUUUGAAAGCCAGGAGGAAGAAUGGCUUAGGCAGAGAGAUUUGCUGGCUUCUCUGAGAAGGUGGGGAAACUGAUGAUAUCAGCACUACCUCCCUGGCCCCCGUCUCCGGCCCCUCUUUCUAAACUGAUGAGGAUCUGCGGCCCCACUCAUGCCAUAAGCAAUGAAGAAAAAGAAUUUGGGUAGUUUUGGUUUUGUCGGAAUUUGCAGGCAUGUGGCAGAACCCCCUAGAGAAAGUUAAAUGCAGUUUACCUUCGCCUGGUUCUCUUGUAUUAAGAAUCACUGUGACCUAAUGCCCAGGGUGUCUUUCUUGGUGGUCUAGGAAGCCAAAGUGGGUUUUAAGCUCUUCUUGCUUUAGCCUGUGUGUUUAGAGAAAAGGGGAGAACAGCGAUUUUUCUUCUGUCUACCUUCUUGGAGUUCAAGAACUGUCGAGUAUUUCAUACAGGUAAAAUUAGGGUGAAGGGAAGUUAGGAAAGUCAAAGGAUUCUUCUUAGCUGUUGAGCAGCUGUUUGCUUAGAUGCAGCCCCAAAACCUAUAAAUAUGCUGCUACCCACUUAAUGUGGAAGUUCAGUGCCCAGCAGGCACCUCAGUCCAUUAAGCCAGUUAAUCAAAAUUCUUUUCACGUGGAGAAGAGUGUCCCUUCUCAGUUUUAUCCACACGAAAUGUAAUGUCCUGGCUCCUAGCUGGGCGCACAUCCCAGGAGCCAGCUUGGAAGUCUGGUUCACCCCUCUCAUGCACAGCGGUGGUGCCAGCAUGAGCCAGUCGCCCUGUGUGUAGUUGCACAGGGAACACAGUGCCCUUUUGGUUUCCAGUGACUUUGCUGGGCUGAGCUCUGGGGAGGAAACCAAAGGGGCUCACUUGAGCCCUUAUUCAAAAUGUUUGUCCUGCCUUAACAGGGACUCUGAGGGGGUCACAUGCCCAGUGACACUUGAGUGACUCGGUGGGAGGGCUGUGGCCAUGGACUUGCUUACUAUAGAGUACAUGUGACAAAUGGCCUUAAACUGUGAUUCUCUGUGGCAUGAUGAGUUAUAAUAAAUUGGCCCUAAAGGAUGCAAAGACGUAAAACUAGUUACUGUGUUUUUACUGAAGUAAUACCCACAGUUCUGUUCUUUUAAGAGCAACUAUGGGGAGGUUGAAUGAAUGAAAGACAAAAACAAGCACCAUUACAUGCUACUGUCCUGCCUUGUUGCCAUGUGUGACUGUGACCCUUCCAGGCACAAGGAGCCUUGAGCAAAGCCUAGUCAUUUAGCCGGGGCCUUCGAAGGAGUGUGGGGUUUAUCACUGGCUAGAGUAGAGUGGUAACUUGUCUCCAUACUUAGUAUUAGGCCUUGUAACCUCUGUGUUAGACCAAUGUGGGAAUGAUAAAACACAUUCCUGAUGGUUCUUCACAUGAUACUGGUGGAAUCACCCAGAACUUGGGCCAGUAGUCUUGAUGAUCCCUCUCUGUAUCAAGGUAGCUAACAUUUAGAGAAGGGGGAAAGAGAAUAUGAGUAGAAAAAUAGCUUACGGGGGAGCUGAGCUGCUUGCUUUGUUGGCCCAUAAUUUUCCUUUCACCAAUUUACCUGUAAUCUGGAAUUUGCAAGAGGUGCUGUGACAACCCCUCUCCACUGCUGUAAUGUUCGUAUACUCUGACAGAGAAGGGGAAAUGUAAAUAAACAUUUUUAAAUUUCA